AUGGUGAAUGAACUUCAAAUAAAGCGCAAGGAGGGUAAUGUUGGUCUAAAGCUUGACAUUAUGCAAGCUUUUGAUACUGUUAGCUGGUCUUUCAUCUUGGAAGUUUUUAGACAGUACGGGUUUUCGGAUAGUUGGUUCCUAGUUAAUGGGAGCCCGGAAGGUUUUUUCAGUAUUGAUAGGGGUUUGAGGCAGGGUGAUCCUCUAUCACCUUUGAUUUUUGAGUUGAUUGAGGACGUUUUAAGCAGGAAUAUUACGAAAUUAUUUCGUGAGGGAAAGAUGACGACUAUGGUUACCAGAAAAGGUAUCUCUCCUAUUCAUUUAUUUUUUGCUGAUGAUAUUAUGAUUUUUUGCAAAGGAAACAUGAAAAGUUUGAGGAACUUGGUUACUCUUCUUGAUUCUUAUCAACGUGCUUCAGGUCAAACUGUUAGUCGUGAAAAGAGUAAGAUUAAUUAUGGUGAUGGUUCUUUGAGGAGGCGAGCAAAUAUUGCUGAAUUUUUGGGCAUGCCCAUUGCUAAUUUCCCAGAUAGAUAUUUGGGGGUGAAAGUAAUGCCAAGAGCAGUGAAAUAUCACCAUAUUAGUAAUGUGGUUGAGAAGAUUAAAGAGCAAUUAGAUGGAUGGAAGGGUAGGAUGCUAUCUUUUCAAGAUAGAGUGGUGCUGGUCAAGUCGGUGAUUGCGAGUUUUUCCAUCCAUAAUAUAGUUGUUUACAAAUGGCCUAGAAAGUUCGUUCAUCAAUGUGAAGUUGCGAUUCGAAACUUCUUAUGGUCGGGUGAUUCUCAGGUUAGUAGAUCUUUUGUGGUUAGUUAUGAUAAGGUUUGUGCUCCUUUGAAUGAAGGGGGUCUUGGGAUUACUAAAAUGAGGGUCAUGAAUAAAGCUUUACUUAUGAAGUUGUGCUGGAAUAUUCGUACCUCCAAAAAGAUAUGGGCUUGUUACCUUCGUGCUAAGUUUUAUGGUCGUAAUGGCCAGUUGGUGGGAUAUAUUAAAUCUUCCAUUCUUCCGGGUUUUAAAUGGGUUCAUGAUAGUAUUGGGAAUGAGAAUUUGGACCGUAGCAUACAAGUCAGUGACUGUAUUCAUAAUGGGGCGUGGGUUUUCACUGAUUUGGUGCGGCAGAAUAUGUUAGUUGCUGGGGUCGAUUUAACUAACCUGCCAGUUCCGAUGGAAGGUGUAGAUUACACUAUGUGGAAACCAGAUUACAAGGGAUUGUUUACUGUUCGUUCAACCAAGGAGUUGGUCAGGCGUAGAUAUCCUGUUUUUGAGGGAACUGAGCUGUUGUGGAGGCCGUCUGUUCAUCCCGCUUUAGCAGCCAGAAACUGGAAACUGUUGAGGGAAGCGUGUGCAACGCUUGAUAAGAUUCAUGAAUACUCGGUCAGGCUUAAGGGUUAUAUGUAUAAUUCUCAAGAGGAUUUACAGCUCUUAUCUUUCUUUAGAGUUAGGCAUCGAAGUGUAAAGCAUGCAGUUCUAAAAGAAUGCUUUUGGGAGCCUCCUAGAAGCAAUGAGAUUAUGUUAUGUUGUGAUGUAGCAGCGCGGGGCAAUCCAGGGGGAGCGGGUGCUGGAGUGGUUGUUCGUGAUGCCAAUGCUAAUGUGAUUGCUGCAAUGAGCGUUGGGUUUGGAGUUCAAACCAACUAUUUGGCUGAAUUAUUUUGUAUCAUAGUUGGUUUGGAAUGGGCCGUCAAGUUUGAAAGCCAAAAUAUUUGCAUUAGAACAGACUCUAUGAGUGCUGUUUUGGUGUUCUCCGGCGACAACAAUGAAGUUCCUUGGUUUCUUCGUUCUAGAUGA